GGGGAGUCACUGCUUCUGUGCGGAAAAAGAAGGGCAAAGUCCGGGGCUGGCAUGAAAGUCCGCCGCGCGAACCGGAGGUAGCAGCACAGUAGCCGCCAGCCCCGCCCCGCUCCGCGGAACCCUCGCCCGGCGCCAUGGUGCUGGAUAGCUUGGCCCGCAUCGUCAAAGUGCAGCUGCCUGCUUAUCUCAAGCGCCUGCCGCUGCCGGAGAGCGUCGGCGGCUUCCUGAGGCUCACAGUUUCAGAAUGGCUGCGGUUAUUGCCUUUCCUGGGCGUCCUUGCUCUGCUGGGAUAUCUUGCUAUUCGCCCAUUCCUUCCCAAGAAGAAACAGCAGAAGGACAGCUUGAUUAAUCUCAAGAUCCAGAAGGAGAAUCCCAAAGUAGUAAACGAAAUCAACAUUGAGGACCUCUGUCACACUAAGGCAGUGUACUGCAGAUGCUGGCGCUCUAAAACAUUCCCUGUCUGUGAUGGCUCUCACAACAAACACAACGAGUCAACGGGAGAUAAUGUGGGCCCUUUAAUACUCAGGAAAAAAGAAGUCUAGUAAAUUCCUAAAUAUGCUGUGACUGAAGGGAAGUCCACUUGUAUAUGUAUAUGUCAGACUUUCAAUCUUGUAAUAAUCACAGAAAUAAAUUUUGGUAUAUUUUUAGAUUAUGUUAAAUUUAUACUUUGUGCUAGAUGUUAGGUAAUGUGUUGUAUGUUUUACAUAACAAAAAUAUACUACAGGUAUGCUUUGUAAUCAUAGCAGAAUUAUUUUUCCCAGAACUGCAGUGUUUGUAACAAAAAUUAGAGAUACUGCUAUUCUAACUACAAGUGUAUCUAAACUGCAGAUAUAAAGCUAGCGGUACUGCCAGAUUGCCACAAAAUUGGGAACUGAUUUUUGAAGGUUGCCAAAGAUAAUCAUGGUUUUGGUCUUAAAUGAAUUUAGGAAUUUGCAUACAAGCCAGUUUGAAAAUUGAGUGUGAAUAAGAAUCACUUUUAUACAGAACUUCAGACAGCCUUCCUUGAUAAUGAUUAAAGAGUUCCACAAAACAGAAGCGGAGUGUUUUCUGCUUUACAGAAGUGAUACAGAUUGUAUUUCAGAUAACUUUUAUUAUCACUUUUUCUAUGUACAUACUGGCACACAUUAAAAAUGAAAAUGAUGCCUGCUCUCAAAAGAAAAUGUGUGUGUUUGUGUAUCCACACAUACAUACAGAACCAUACACUCACAGAAAAUUUUUACAGAAUCUAGUUGUUCUGCUUCGGAUACCAUAAGGUUUUUUCCCAGAAGAUAACAAAGAAAACUGGAGAGGAUAUGUAGCAUCCCUGAAAAUACUGUGGACCCUGGUCAAGCAACGCUUGUAUGCCAUAUCGCUGCUAGAAGGAAAUGAACUUCCAAUAAUCUUUUCUACUGUCUUCACUAUGCUCUGCAUAGCCUUCC